AUGGUUCAAGGCGAUCCGUUCCGUCCGGCUGCAAGAGUAGCUGGACAGAAGCUUGAUGUCUGGACGAUUGUCAACGAAGGUGCUGCGAACUCGCCAGUACAACCAAUUGUCAAUAUGGGGCAAGGCUUUUUUGGCUACAAUCCUCCCAAAUACGUUACAGAUGCCGCGAAAGAAGCGCUAAAUAGGGUAGACUGCAAUCAGUAUGCACCAACUAAGGGUCGGCCAAGGCUCAAGAAAGCGAUCGCAGAAGCCUACAAGCCAAUCAUGGGAAAGCCAAUCGAUCCAGAUCGUGAGGUCGUCAUCACCACCGGAGCAAAUGAGGGCAUGCUCAGCGCGUUCAUGGCGUUCUUAGAACCUGGAGACGAGGUCAUCCUCUUCGAGCCGUUUUUUGACCAGUACAUCUCAAACAUCAAGAUGGCUGGUGCCAACAUUCGAUAUGUGCCGCUUACUCCGCCAGCGAAUGGAGCUCAGGAGAAAACUUCUUCCGCAGACUGGUUGCUCAAUGCUGACGCUUUGAAAUCAGCAAUAACGCCCAAGACGCGCAUAAUAGUUCUCAAUACUCCACACAACCCACUCGGCAAAAUAUUCAACCCAGCCGAGCUCUCUGCCAUCGCCUCUAUCUGCGUCGAAAACAAUAUUCUCCUCAUCAGUGACGAAGUCUACGAUCGUCUGCCUUAUGUCCCCUUCACACGCCCCGCUAGUUUAAAUGAUGAAAUUGCGAAACUCACCCUCACCGUCGGAUCAGCAGGCAAGAACUUCUACUGCACUGGCUGGCGCGUUGGCUGGCUGAUUGGACCCGAGAAUCUCAUCAAGCACGUCGCGACCGCACACACCCGCAUCUGCUACUCGACUGUCGGACCCCUCCAAGAGGCCGCCGCGGUAGGUUUCGAGCAAGCAGACAAAGAAGGCUUCUGGGAGCAAUCAAAGAACGACAUGCUCGGCAAAAUGAAGCGCUUUUGCUCUGUCUUUGAUGAACUCGGCCUGCCCUAUUCAGAGCCUGAAGGCGGGUACUUUGUUCUCGCGAAUUUCAGCAAGGUGAAGUUGCCUAGUGACUACAAUUGGCCAGAGCAAGUUAAGGAUCGGCCAAGGGAUUUCAAGCUAUCAUGGUUCUUGAUCACAGAGGUCGGUGUGGCGGCUAUACCACCAACGGAAUUUUAUACGCCGGAGAAUCAGCACUUUGUUGAGGACUGGUUGCGAUUCGCGGUUUGUAAGGAGGAUGAUGUGUUGGAGAAGGCAGAGGAAAGGCUAAGGGGGUUGAAGAAGUACAUCCUGGACACGGUGUCUCAGAAAGGACUGACACGCGCGAUGGGCGCAGUACAGGCGAGUAAGAUGAGAGGGGUGCAGAACGCUGUCAGCCAGCCAGCUUACAGCAUAUCGCUCAACCUCAUCGCGCAAGGAUCAAUUGCAUUGAUCAGUCUCACUGCCACUGUCAAUGAUGGCAACAAUUACAAUACUACAUAUCUGCGAAGUGGACAGGUGGUUGCGUCAAACCUUACCUGCUACUUUUCAAACAAAACAUGUCCGAUCUCUCGGGCGGCGACCAAUGGUCUCGCCCACUCAUAUGGCGAGGCGAUCCUGGCCCCAGACUGUGGCGGCUUCAAUCAGCUGAAUAACAGUGGGCACCCUUCACAGAAUUGGCAAUACUAUUGCCGAUACCCACCAGCAGAAGAUGCCGAUUCCCAAGCAUUUGGUUACCGCUUUAAGGAGUACAAUCCAGCUGAUAAGCAAAAUCUCUAUCCGCGCUUCACGAAUCGCCGCAUUACGGCCUUUUCGGGCGACUGCCGUCAAUACUCUGUCAUCGGCCAACCACAGAACGAUACCAUUGAGGAUAUGAGCGCCACGCAAUUCACAUACACCAAUGGCUCCUACAACGGUAGCAUAUCGAUCCCUAACUCUGCUCUCGGCCUCAAUGGAACUACAUAUCUUUAUAGAGGCUUCAAUUCGCCAGAAAAUGCAACAGACUUCCUCUGCGGCGACCGCUGUCUUCUCAUGUGGGCGUACAAAAAUAAAGGCGGUGAUCAAGGAAGGACCUUCUUCGAGUGCCCGAUCACGGUUAGUACUGUCACUAAUGCAACAUCAUCUGAUCAUGCGGUCCGGGAAAACGUAGCUAGAGUGGCGGCUGCGUCAAUCGCCUUGCAGGGCCGUUACACUGACGCCAACACUCGGUCUGUCCCCCCUGACCAGAGAGACUUUUAUCAGUCCCAGUACUAUGCGGAAGGUCACCCAUGGGAGAUUCACGGCCAGAGUCCCAGAAAAGUCGGCGCAAACAUGGCACAAUCCGCAAUUGGAGCUAUAUCAACUAUGGUAGAUCUGAACCCGCAGAUCCGAAUAGCGGGCACCGUACCCUAUCUGGGUAGUAGAGUAAUCGUCAAAUGGAAGUACUUCGAAGCGCUUAUGGCCUGCAUCGUAGCAGCUCAUUCAGUGGUCGUUGCUCUGAACUAUGUGGCGAUCAAGACGGCACGUGGUUCAUAA